UAAUCAAUAAUAUAUAGUGUAUAGUAUUUAUACGGAGUGUUUAAAUAUCAGUUAUGCCACUGUAAGGCAUUGUUUGGAUAUUAGUUUUUGAUUGUACAGGCUGUGAGAUGAAUGUUGAACCACAUCAGUUCAGUUGUUUCGUCCAGACAGGAGGAGCUAAUCACAGGGAGACUGCUCACCUAACAGCCCGUCAAAUAUGGCCAACCGAGCGCUUGGCUUUAAGACCCUCUGCACCAGGCUAUAAUGGUGAUCACCUCCAGUCCAAGCCUGACAGUGAGGAUGAAGACGAUACUUCCAUGACCUCCUUCGGUGUUGCUGUCCGAGGCCUCCCCCUGGCCUUGGCCUCCAUGACUCAAGCUACCACAUCAGACUCACGCUUCCACCCCAAAUGGCGGGCGAUCACUGUGGCGACCCUGCUGGCUUUAGUGCUCAUGUUAUACCUGCACCGGACAGUAGGAGACAGAGACACUGCAACUAGACCUUACCACCGCAACAGGGUUCACCCUCUGCAACUGUACAGUGAGGGUGAUGAUGAUGUCUUAAGGGACACUAACAGACAAACUGCACAAAGCCUCCCCCGCUUCCAGAAAAGGGGAAAACCUUACAAUGACACUUAUCCGUUAAGUCCACCGGAGAAGACAAAGCACGGCAUCCGCUACCGUAUUGGUGUGAUUGCAGACCUGGACACAGCGUCGCGUAGCUCUAAGGAUCAGACAUGGUUCAGCUACAUGAAAAGAGGUUACCUGACAGUUUCAGAAAGCGCUGACAGACUGGAGGUAGAGUGGGAUGCUGAGACGGACACUCUGGAGAGUCAUCUGGCUGAGAAAGGACGAGGUAUGGAGCUGUCUGAGCUGGUGGUGUUCAACGGUCACCUGUACAGUGUGGACGACCGUACGGGCGUGGUGUACAGGAUCGAGGGCAACCAGGCUGUCCCCUGGGUUAUAUUACCCGAUGGUGACGGCUCAGUCUCCAAAGGAUUCAAGGCAGAGUGGCUGGCAGUGAAAGAUGAGCACCUGUAUGUCGGCGGCCUGGGGAAGGAGUGGACCACGACCUCUGGGGUAGUCGUCAACAACAACCCAGAGUGGGUGAAAGUUGUUGGCUACCAUGGUGACGUGGCGCAUGAGAACUGGGUGCCGUACUACAACGCCCUGCGGGGCGCAACAGGGAUCCAACCACCAGGCUACCUCAUACAUGAGUCAGCAGCGUGGAGCGAGCGUCUCCAGCGCUGGUUCUUUCUCCCUCGCCGUGCCAGUCGCGAGCACUACGAAGAGACUGCAGACGAGCGACGUGCCACCAACCUCCUCCUGUCGUGCCCCGCAGAUUUCAGCUCCGUAACAGUGCGGCACGUCGGACCGCUCAACCCAACCCACGGCUUCUCCUCGUUUAAAUUUGUUCCAGACACAGACGAUCAGAUCAUUCUGGCCCUGAAAUCUGAAGAAGAUGCAGGCAGGAUUGCCACCUACAUCAUUGCAUUUACUCUAGACGGUCGAGUGCUGAUGCCCGAGACAAAGAUAGGGGAUGUAAAGUACGAAGGGCUGGAGUUUAUUUGACAAGGACGGCGCUGAAGGUGCACACAUUCCUGAAGGCAAAACAUCAAAAUCUAUAUACAUGCAGCAUUGUUGUUUUGAGUGCUAAAUAUUACAUUCCCCUCUCAGUUCUACUGUGCAAUAAUGUCGUAUGACCCAAAGUUAUAAAUAUACAUAAUUAUAGCUUAUGAUACUUGAUGAGGUAAAAGGGUAGGAAAUGCCAUACCAUCACUACCCGGGGAGGACAAUGAUGUGUCGCCCAUGAUUGACCAUGUGCGACUGUUAUGGUCAGCCAAUCUGUGACCGGCGAUCACCCAUAAACUGUCACUAGUUAGUCACCACCUGGUAAGAUUUUAAACAUUUUAAAGUCUUAACUAGUUUAUAUCUGUGCUGGUAGAUUGAUGGUUUUAUCUAAGCCUUGAGAUGAACAUCGUGGUUUGAUUAGACACUACUGAUAUUACAGAGGCGUAACAGCAAACACCAGGUAAUGUGGCUCUCUUCUCCUGCAGCCAAACUCUGCUGGCCAGACUCUCAGGGGAACAUGGUGAAAAAAAGAUCAGAUAUUUGCAAAAAUAGAAAUGAAUGUCCUUGAAUUACUUGAAAUAUUUAACAUACUCAUCACUUUGUGUUUUAUCAAAUCUCUUACGACACAGUGAAGUCUCUUGAUGCAGAUCAACUUCUGCAUCGUAAACUGCGUAAGCUUUUCUGAGCAGAGGCCUGUACUAUGAAGGGAGUUUAACCUACUCAGAUUUUACUCUGGGUUAUCAAGGAAAGUCAGGGUUGACAAACUGACCGCCUAGAUUGGUGUUAAAAGGCACUACGACAGUGAAUUAAGAUGUUGCUUAGUUGAUUGGAGUUUGCAUAAAGUGGGGUAAAUUUGCUUGUAAAUUUCAUCUAGAUUGAGUUUUUACUCAGAUUAUUAUCCCCAUCCCCUGGCUCUGUAUUUUCUGGACUUGUAAAAAUCUAAAUAUGUGAAACAUUUAGGAUAAUUCGGUUAUACACAUUGGCUACAUCUCAGAAAUGUGCCUGUUAAUGAAUUUGCCCUAAAUGACAGUGUGCAGGGCUACCUGUAUGAAUGCAAUGAUUGAUUCUAACAGUCUAUAAAGUACUAUGUAUUGAUAGUGCUCAUUAACACUGUUGUAUAGCCCACACUUAUAAUAGCCUGUUCACGUAUACAGGGUCACAUGAAGGUAAGGUGUUCUGAGCGGUUUAGAGGUGCGGCUUAAAUUGCCAUGACAGCAUACCUUCUUACCCACCUUUCGUUGUACGGGUUAAUUAGGAAGUUACACCUGACGUCACAAAGUUACUCCUGAAGUUACCUCGAUAAGCCAGUUACCUCGCUUCGUACAGGCCUCAGGUCAAUUGUUGGCUCACAUAUGUUGAACUGAAUAUCAUAAGCUUCUCAAGCCAGAGAACAAGUGAAACACCAGCUAUUUUAUUUAAAUAUUAAUCAUUAUAUUCCUUUUGUAUCCUCAAAUCACAAAUAAUUAAAAUAUCUACUAUUACCUGAA